AUGGAAAACGAGACUUUAGACACAGCCGUCCUGAUCCUGGAGGGGUUAAUGGUCGGCCCGCAGUCCUCUGUUCCAGCCUUCGUCAUCCUCCUCGUCCUCUACGUCUUCAUCAUGGUGUCCAACAUGGGCCUGGUGGUGCUGAUCUUCACGGACAGGAGCCUCCAUCAGCCCAUGUACCUGCUCUUCUGUAACAUGAGCAUCAACGAUGCGUUCGGGGCCUCGACCAUCAUCCCCCGCCUGCUGAGCGACGUCUUCCUUCCGAGCUCAGAGCGUUACAUUUAUUACUAUGACUGCGUGGUUCAAGCCUUCUGCGGUCACUUUCACGCCAGCAACACCCACACCGUGCUCAUGAUCAUGGCGUUCGAUCGCUACAUGGCCAUCUGCAACCCGCUGCGCUACGCCACCAUCAUGACCACCCGCAUGGUGGCGGGGCUGUCGGUGGCGGCCUGGGCCGUGUCCUUGUUCUUGGUAACGAUCCUGCUGGGCCUCAGCAUCCGCCUGUCCCGCUGCAGGAGGGUCAUUUUCAACCCGUUCUGCGACAACGCCUCCUUGUUCAAGCUUUCCUGUGAGAGCGUCCUCAUCAACAACAUCUACGGCCUCGGCUACACCGUGGUGCUGCUCGGCUCGUCCCUCGGCAGCAUCGUGCUCACCUACCUGAGGAUCGCCAUGGUGUGUCUGAGCAGCCGGAACAAGUCUGUGAACAGCCGGGCACUGCAGACCUGCGCCACCCAUCUGGCCAUGUACAUCAUCAUGAUAGUGUCAGGUAGCAUCAUCAUCAUCCUCCACCGCUUCCCUCAGCUGUCCGCCCACAGGAAACUGGCAUCCAUCAUGUUCCAUGUGGUCCCCCCCACCAUGAACGCCAUCAUCUACGGGCUACAGAUCAAAACGGUCAGAGAGAAAAUUCUCAUCCUGUUCACCAGGAACUCAGUGACUGUCGGAGAUCUACGGGUAAAUAAACUGUAA